AUGAAUGGAGAUAUUCGCCAGCAGAGCCAUCGACGGAUUCACUGGGCGCCGCUGAAUAUUGGCCUCGAGCGUCGCUUGCAGACGUUGAUUGUUCUGUGCCACACCCUCACCAUUGCCAUUUUCUUGACCAUCUUCUUCUUUACGUGUGCCAUCCCUCUGUUCUGGCCGCUCCUGGUACCAUACUUGGUCUAUAUCUCGCUCUUUUCCACCGCCGCGACCUCGGGAGAUCUCAAGGGCCGCAGUCCAUUCUUGCGCUCCUUGCCGAUCUGGUCCAUUUAUGCAUCGUACUUCCCAGCCCGACUCCACCGCGAAGAGCCUCUGCCUCCGACCAAGAAGUACAUCCUGGGCUACCACCCCCAUGGGAUUAUCUCCCACGGAGCAUUUGCUGCCUUCGGCACCGAGGCCCUGGGGUUCUCCAAGCUUUUCCCGGGCAUCACCAACACCCUGCUGACGCUGGAUUCUAAUUUUCGCAUGCCAUUCUACCGGGAAUAUGCGCUGGCUAUGGGGCUCGCCAGUGUGUCCCGGGAGUCGUGCGAGAAUCUCCUGACCAAAGGGGGGGCGGAUGGGGAAGGCAUGGGCCGCGCCAUCACCAUUGUGCUCGGAGGAGCUCGAGAGUCCCUUAAUGCUCAGCCCCAUUCAUUGCGCCUGGUGCUGAAGCGACGCAAAGGUUUCAUUAAGCUUGCCAUUCGGACUGGUGCUGAUCUGGUUCCCGUAUUGGCCUUUGGCGAAAACGACUUGUACGAACAAGUUCACUCGGAUCAACAUCCAAUCAUCCACAAGCUGCAGAUGUUAGUGAAGCAUACCAUGGGGUUCACUAUCCCACUGUUUCAUGCGCGAGGGGUGUUUAACUAUGACGUGGGACUGAUGCCCUACCGCCGUCCGCUGAAUAUCGUGGUAGGACGACCGAUCUCGGUCAUGCAACAACAGAACCGGGACAAAAUCGAUGAUGCCUACAUCGAUGAGCUUCACUCCCGGUAUGUCCAGGAGCUGAGGCGGCUCUGGGAUCAGUGGAAGGAUGUCUAUGCCAAAGAGAGGGAGGGAGAUCUGGAGAUUACUGCGUGA